CCGAUCCCUGCGGGUCCCUCCGCGAGCGCUGCGCCCAAAGCGCCGUUGGCCUUCGCGGGAGGUCAUUGCCCACUGAUUUCUUUAUGCUUCUCCGGUGACAAAAACCAAACUUACUCCGGGGAGCGGAACUCUUCUAUUCGCCUCCGUGUGGGCGCCGUUAAAUGCAGUGCUGUGGGUUAUUCGGUGUGUCCGUAGUGUCUCCUCACACCCGACACCUUUCCCCUCGAGGAAAACUGUGAGGCCGUGUGUGCGGUGGCCAGGAGGUGCCGGUGUGAUGCCUUCAAAAAGCCAUCGCUCUGUGGCCUUUUCUGUGACUUUUUGUAUGUUUUGCUGGUCGCACUGCGAUGGGAAACUUGAACAUGGAAGACCAGAAUUUUCAGAAUAACUUCCCAAAACAGGCAUCUACCAAAGCAGUUUCCUGGGGGAAAUUUGAACAAUGCUUAAAACUUUUGAUUAUAGCAUUGAAGCUGCUGGACAGCUCGGCUUUCUGGGCUCUUAAGCUGCUUCUUCAAAUGUAUCAUUUGUUUGGAACAGCGUCCAGUAAAUGUCUGCCAGCAGUCUCAUCUCCUUUACUUGCUUUGCAUUCAUGCGUUUUUGGUCAGGGGAAAAGCAAUGCUUCAUUCCACUGCAUUGAUUUCAGCUGAUGAGUUGGCAUUCAGCGGUCUUUAUUCAUUGUCCAUUUAGUUACACCUGUAUCUAUACAAGCUGUGUAUUAAAUUUACUUACAGACCAGGCAGCAUCAAUAACAAUGUGUAUUGCAGUGUUUAAUUUGACACUGCAUUUGAUUCUUGUUAACGAUUAUUUUGCCGAUAUCGAUAGCAUUUUUGAUCAUUGGAAUUUUAUAAAUGUUAAUAGAAAACAAGAGCUGCAUGCAUGCAGGCUGCUGAGCAGCGGAACUGCAGUGAGCACAGUAACAUGUAGCAUUUGCAUGAAAUGUUAAUUUCUCAUGUUUGUUAACAUGAACCAAAGCAUUUUCUGAUGCUCGUUCCAAUGCUGCCAAAGCCAAGUGGCUGGGGAUUGGUCCUGGCUUGAGCAGCUGGUGGGGUUGAUCAGAGGCUCAACUGUGCACACUUCCAAGUUCCUGUAAACACAGUGAGCAGGGCGAAGAUGUCAAUGUGAGCUCUUCACUUUUGUGUUUCUGAGGUGCUUAUCACUAUAGCUAAUAGCUAAUUACUUUUUUGUUUGGGCGCUGUCCCCAGGAUUGCUGCACACCAGCAGGGCCGUCUUGCAGCCUGUAGCUCGUAGUGCUUGGGCUGGUCUUCGUUUGCUCUCCAAGCUUCUCCUGAAGAAAUACUUCAUUAUGAGGGCACUGUGUCAGAAGCAGCUUCCUGCCUUGGGAGUUGUGUUCUCACACUGACAGUCAGCCACUCCUUAAGCUCAGCUAACUGAAGUAGCUUCCCUAACAGUACAGCUGUACUUGAGAAGCUGAGUGCAGGGUAGCAGAGGUCAUUAACUGAAGCUCGCUGCUUUGGCAGACCACAAGUGUGCUGUCCUUGUCUUAGUUCUCACGUGCUAACACACCCCAGCAGCACAAGGAGUGAUGAGCUGCAGAUGUGUUGCACACACGUGUACUGAUGCUACCUGAAACUGAAGUGUUUGCACGCGGGAGCAUAUGCCGCACUUGCUUUUGCUUUUCGCCAUUUGCUGUCUGUUUUAUCUUGUGGUAACUGAGGUGCUUAUUGAUAAAUGUCUUACAAAGUUUGUAUGGUUUGUAAACUUUGUUUGGAGAACUGUAAUUCUCCAAUCGGUGAAACCUUCAACUCACCCACAGAUGUUAAACACUGCAGUAAAGUUGCUCUCGUUGUCGUGUUUGGCUAUAUUUCAGUGAUUUCACUCAGAAAUUUUUGCAAACCAGUUUUUAACCUGAAAAGCUUGUGUUCCAGGCAAAAGGCUGUCUCAAAUAUAUCAUGGUAUUGUACUUGUUAUUGAAUAGUGUUGUUUUAAAAGUCCAUUUGUUUUAUUUGUUGUAAACAAUUAUGUAUUUAAAACAACCACACCAGGCUACGAGUAUUUUCCCAACUGACCAUACCCUGUGUGUGUCCUCUGUGUCUUUUUUCUCUUUUACCUUUCGCUGUCUCUAACUGGACGGGGCUGAUGGGAUCCACAAAUCACUUCAGGAGCUGGAUGAGCUUGCUGAUGAUCGUAUGGCCCUGGUGUCAGGAAUAAGUUUAGAUCCCGAAGCAGCAAUUGGUGUAACAAAGCGCUUACCUCCCAAAUGGGUUGAUGGAGCAGAUGAAAUUCAGUAUGAUAUUGCCAGGGUGAAACAGAAGAUGAAAGAAUUAGCCAGUCUUCAUGAUAAACAUCUGAACAGACCAACACUAGAUGACAGCAGUGAAGAAGAACGUGCAAUAGAAAUAACAACCCAAGAGAUCACACAGUUAUUUCACAGAUGUCAGAGAGCAGUGCAGGUCUUGCAGAGCCGGUCACGGACUUGCACUGAACAAGAGGCACGUGUUCUCAGGAAUGUAGUGUCUUCCUUAGCACAGUCCCUGCAGGAGCUCUCCACCAACUUCAGGCAUGCACAGUCUGACUAUCUCAAACGCAUGAAGAGUAGAGAAGAAAGAUCCAAACACUUCUUUGACACCUCAGUCCCACUGAUGGAUGAUGGGGAGGAUGAUACACUUUAUGACAGAGGUUUUACUGAUGACCAACUAGCACUGGUGGAGCAAAACACAUUGCUGGUGGAAGAGCGGGAACGAGAAAUCCGUCAGAUUGUUCAGUCAAUCUCUGAUCUCAAUGAAAUAUUUAGGGACCUGGGAGCAAUGAUAGUAGAACAGGGAACAGUUCUAGAUAGAAUUGACUACAAUGUUGAACAGUCGUGUAUCAAAACUGAAGAGGGUUUAAAACAACUACAUAAGGCAGAGCAAUAUCAAAAGAAGAAUCGGAAGAUGCUUGUUAUUCUAAUUUUGUUUGUUAUAGUAAUUGUCCUCAUUGUUGUUCUUAUUGGUGUAAAGUCACACUAGGUCUCACUUAAUUUUCUUAUUUUUGGAGUUUACGUGAACUUUUUUCCCCAAUGUGAAUGGAUGGACCUGCACUCAAGAAAGCUGCCUUUGAAUGUAUUCGCCCUCGUGGUACAAAGUCUGUGCAAUGCUUCUGUAGGAUUCCUCAAAGUUCAAGUUUGGUGACUGGUGAGGUGUUGGUAAAGAGCAGAUGGAGAACGUCAAGAAAUCUGAUGCUCUCAAAUGAAUCAUUCGGUUCCUUGUCCAGAGGUAUUUGGAAACACGUUGCUUAAAUAACUACAGAACUGUAAUUUAUUAGUGAGUUUUGUAAUUAGUUUGUUACAGUGAGAAAGAAUAUGUUGUCUUCUGAACUGCCAGUUUUUAAGGCUUCAAAUUUAAACCAUGUUCCUGAGUCAUGGGACUACAGCUGAGGCACAAGGCACGAAAAUGUCUGACCUCAUUUCUUCAGACUCGAAAACUCAGAGGAAUUGGAGAUGAAUAAGAUAGCUUUUAACAGGCAGAGCCUAAUUCCAUCCCUGUGAUCUUAAUUUAGAUAUUGCAUCAUUACUAAGAAUCAAAAUAGUAUAUGAUCCUGUAAAUAACAAGAUUUAAUCACUGGUGUAAUUUAACACAUUUAGCUAAUUAAAUUUUUUUUGAGCUUGAGCAAUCAUGAGAACAUUUUUUUUUUUUCUUUUUACCAGAAAGAUCAUGCAUUUUUAUGUGCUUUAAAAAAAAAAAGUACUGCCAUUACAUCAAAGUGGUGAUGAAGUUAAACCUGAAAAAUAGAGAUUUCCCCUCGGCUUUGUACACAGUGUGACCUGCUCUGGGGGCUUUUGGCUCUUAGCUGUUUUCUAAGCUGUUUGUUUUACUUCUGUCCACACGUGGUCUUACAUAUGUAGCUUUACUGCAAUAUGUAUUAGAUCCAUUUUCCCAUAGCAGUUUUUUUUUUCAAAUGCCUGCCUAGAAAAGGAUGCAUUUUGGGUCUCCUACUGACCGUGAUGCCAUGCAAGUGAUGUGUCCUAGGAGGCCUUCAGUGGAAAAUUACCUGUUUAUUUUUUUAACUUCUUGCGGUGGAAAACUUUGCUGUAGGCCAUAAGAGAUGAAUUAGAGAAACAUCUAUGUAACAGAGGAUUCAUAUUUCAAUCCAGGCCUGAAGUAGUGUGCAAUUGUAGAGGCCUUGCCUUAAUAUUUUUAAUAUGGCUCUUCUGUAUGGACUUUUCCCCCAAAGAAACUGUAACUUAAUUUCCUCCAUUUCUGACUGAUGCAAUGCUCCCCAUAAACUUGCAGAGGUGUUCUGCUCAAAUGCCCUGAAGUGCAGUUUCGUAAUAUGUGCUAUGAUUUUAAUGUUGCACCUGCCCUGAACUUGUGUUUACAAUGUACUGAGGAGGUCCUAAGAUGUGGGUUUAAACAGACUCGAUGCAGGAACAGGCCUGAAAGAAAAAGACUACAAAAACAUGUAAGCUGUGGCUUAUUGCGAAGAGAUUUGUACCACUGUGUUACCUCCAGACAAAGGGGAUGCUGAACUUCCAAAGCUGCCAGUUCAAGCCCUUGUUGAAAUUCACACAGUAGAUCAGUGGAAGAAGUGCUUCUAGUUGGGUGUGCAGUCCCCCUGUUCUGGUAAUAGAUCUUCUCAAUGAUCGUGAGUAAAACUACUGUCUCCCUAGUGUGCUGGCUACAUCAGUUGGUGUGAAGCAGCAUAUUGCUAUAAUUUAAUAUUCUGUAUUUGCAACUUUCUAACAUGAGAACGUGUUAUUUAUUUCUGUCUUGACUGGUGCUUUUGACAUUUUAUCACGGCUAAAGGAUUCAAAGAAGUAAUAAAACACUUCCAACCUAA